GGAGCCCUCCGGGUCCACGCCCGAGUCGCCUCGUAAGCGCAGUGCGGGCUAGCGUCGUGGCACCGAGCCCGUCGAGGGAACCCCGAAGUCGGCCCUCACCGGAGGCAGCUCCGAGGCCCUUCGACGUCGCGACGUUGGGGCGUCGUCGUCUCGACGCCCGGGGACGCGUCGGCCGGAUCGCCCCUCGGCCAUGUGGACGGCAGUGCGACGGCGGGCAACGGCGCCGGGCCCCGCGUCCCGGCGGACGGGCCCCGCCGAGGGACUCCCUUGGCCCCGGCACUGACCCUGGCCGGGGCGGCGGCGUCGGCGGCUGGGGACGGUGAUGAGACCUCGCUCAGGGCCUACAUGGAGGGCGUCGGAAGGCGGCUAACCCGCACCCUGUCAACCCCCAAGCGCUGCUCCACGUGCCGCAAGAUGGUCUACUUUACGGGUAUCCGGUGCAAGCAGUGCGGGACGCUGUCGCACGAGUCCUGCGCCAACCACAGUCCGCACUGGUGCUCGCCGACCGCCGCGGGAAUCCUGGCUCGGCGGAACAGCCAUCAGGCUCCCAUCGACGCUGACGAACCGGAAGACGACCAGAAAUGGCGCUACUCCAGCCUGGGUCACGAGGUCCUCACCAUGAGCCCCAUGGUAGACCAGCAGUUCCUCUUCAGCAGUGAAGACCACAGGACGACCCCGCACGACUGCUCCGCGUCCUCCAAGCCGCCCCGCUCCCCAACCUCCCCGACGCUGGCCGUGACGGGCCUCCUCAAGGUCGUUCACUGGCUGUCCCAGCGCCGCAAGAACAGGCCAGAUGCCAUCAGCAAGGCCAAUGCUGCGGACAAGCAUGUGCGCUCCCGCUUCGGCCUCUCUGUCGACGAGAAGUACACGCGGAAGAAGCUCAAGAACAUCAUGAAGACCGCGAGGACUCCGACACCUCCUUGCACGUGCUACCACCACCGGAAGCCGUCGUUUGCGAGCAGCCGGGGGAUCCUCUCGCCCAACGGCAGCCUCUCGUCGAGCGGAUACAUCUCGUCGUCUGCUUCGUCCGCUGUCCAGACGCCUUCCGAGACGGAGCUCGACUUGCGGAGAACAUGCGGGGGACACGAGGGCGUCUGCCGCCUGCACCCAGCGUCUGGGAGGGGGCUGCUGAGGCAGCAAAUGGUGAUUAGUGAGCACGGCCGCUCCGGGAGGCAGUGGAUGGCCAACAAGGCAAGGACACUCAGUCUGGAGACGAAGGCCACCGACGUCGAGAAGCUGUGUGCGACGUGGCCGCCUCCUGGAAGGGCCGUUGGAAACACUGACACUUUUGCAGAGGAGCUCGAGUCUGGGUAUGAAGAGAGUGAAUUGGAAGACAAGUCAAAAAGCCAGUGUGGGGACAUCAAGGAGACCCUCGGUGAAUGGUGCAUCCCCUACCGAGACCUGGAGUUCAAAGAGCGGUUGCGGCAUGGCAGGCAGACAGACAUCUACAGGGGACGGUGGCACGGCGAGGUCCUCAUUUACACCUUCCGGAGGUCCAAGGAGGAGGAGGUGUCCAGCUUCUGGGAAGAAGUAGGAAAGCUGAGCAUGAUUCGGCACGAGAAUAUCGCCCUCUUCAUGGGCGCCUGUGCCGAACCCCCGCAGUUUGCCAUCAUCACAAGCAUGAAGAAGGGGCCAUCGCUGUUUGAGCACAUCCAUAUCCAGAAGCACCACCUCUCUUUCCACACCAGGGUCAACGUCGCCAGGCAGAUCGCCCAGGGCAUGGGCUACCUGCACGCCAAGGGCAUCGUGCACAAAAACCUGACAUCCAAGAACGUGGUGCUCGAGAGCCGGGUCAAGGUGUGCCUCAUGGACCAGGGGCUGUCCGAGCGGGGCCGAGACCUCUCGGACCGGGGCUGCGUCUCCCAGGGGCACCUCACCUACCUGGCGCCCGAGCUCAUGCGCCACCUCCGCAUAGAGCCUCCCUGCGUCUACCCCGCUGGAGAGCCCUCCCAGGAGACCGACGUGUAUGCCUUUGGGACCGUGCUGUACGAGCUGAUCGCCGAACGCUUCCCCUUCCGCUGCCAGCAUCCGCACUGCGUCAUAUGGCAGAUUGCCUCCGGGCAGCAGCAGUCCCUCGACGACCUCCGCUGCCCCAGCAGUUUCAAGACGCUGAUCCACGAGUGCUGGUUCAAGGCUCCAGAGGCAAGGCCCACCUUUGGCUCCGUCGGAAGACAGCUGCAGGAAAACGUGACACUGCACCGGAGGCACAGUUCGUCGGAACCAGACCGCCUGCACCACGCCGGACUCCCCGUCGGCCGGUCCGCCCUCUGCUCCUAGGGCGCCCCACCGGCCGCUCCGGAGCGGCUCCGGUCGCUCCCCGGGCUCUCCUCGGCGGCUUCGGAUGCACGCCGGCAAUAACGCCCGCGCGGCCAAUGCCCUCCGGCCCGGCUCCAAGGCGGGCACUUCCGAACGGAGACUCUCCUCUAGUCUCUGCUCGUGCAAGACCGGUGCAACGAAACGGGACAGAACCGAGAUUUCGUGCAACUUGCCGGCGAAGAGUUGCGUCCGCCGGCGAGUCUGCAUUUCGUGACGAGGACCACGUUCCCUGCAACAAUGCAACACAUCUCCCCUUUGUUUGUUUUUUUGUUCUUUUAAUGGGGGGGGGCUUCUCGGCUGUUUACCGAAGAUGCGAAGUACCUGAACCUAAACGAGAGCCAAACAUUUAUUUGCGAGAAUGCUUUCUUUCGUCCCCGGCGUGCCGUCGCCUCUACGAGGAAUGCCGGUCGGCCCAACGACGGAUCCUCGAAUCGCAAACGAGUCAAUCAUUAGGUGCUUGACGUAAAGCAUAGAUGAAGCAGGCCGUUGGCCAACGGACGGGCACCUUUCGUCGCAUUUCCAGCAUUCCAGACUUUGUCGUCGAGCCAACCUUGCGCCAUGCGAUGUCUUUCCUACACCGAGACGUUCGAGGAGACUUCGGCAGUGUUAUUUUGUUUUUAGCGAGCCCGGCCGCUUGCGGUCGAGGGCGUCUCUCGGCUUUGGAAAUCGCAGCCGCGUGACUGCGCUCGUUCCAGACACAUUCCAAAAGCUCGGAAUCGCUCGCCGAAGGUCGUCGGUGUCGGGAGUGCCACAGUCAGUGGCAAGCUCCGACGCGUUCCGUGUUCUAGUCAGGAACAGUCUCGCCGUGACCGUCCCCCGCCGCGACGAUCGUCAUGGCCGUGCGGGGACGUUAGCGUAACAGCUGUUUUAAGCUGUUUUCACCUGCCUUAAUGAGGAGAAACUGAACACAGCGGCCGAGCGUCCCUGUAAAUAACUGGAGUGCAUGUUUUUUGUGUCCGUGUCGGAUGUUCCUCCUACGAGCGAUGUGGAUGGUCGGCUAUGUGCGGAGCCGUUAGUUUAACCCCCCCGUUAGUUCAUCCCUUCAUCCCAACCCAACCCCCCCCCCCCCCCGAGGCUUCGGAAGUGCGACGGCAUGGCUACAGGAGCCGCAAUGGAAGCGUUGUCUCCAAACUGACUGAUAGACCUUUCGCAAAAUGAUUGCAACACCGAGGAGCAUCUAGGUUUGUGGGUACUUUCACUUGCCCCGUCUGUAGGAAAGAUUCGAAGCGAGCAACCUUAAAUAAGGCAAUGAUAAACGCAGUGCUGUUCAUUUUGUCUUUCUCCGCUCAGUUCCAAAAGUUUCAGGACAGGGGCCGAUUCGACAUUGAGAAACACUACUAAAUGGCUCUACAUCGUUUGUUUCCUGCAAAGUCAAGUAUUUCUCGUGAAAUCUCACUUUACCACAAUCCGAAAGCCAAACCUUAGUUGCGGCGAGUAAUGUUGGCUUCGCGUCGUCAGAUGCGGGGCACCCACGUGCUAGAAACAGUCGCACGAUGCAACGCAACAAACAGGCGCAGUGCGAGUGUCGUCUGCAUUGCAGCGGGCUCUGCCUCGGGCAGCACCUGCGCCGCUGCUGCCUGCGUGGAUCAAUCAAGAAAUGUAGCCAAAGUUUGCGAGAAAGACGUCAUUGGGUUCGUAAACUCACUGCAUUUCAGACGUUGCUGGCCUACAGAUACAGAUGUAGUGAAAUCAGAGCAAAGUUACUCUGUCAGCUUCGGCGUUGCAUUUCCAAAGUCGGGGAGGGGGGGGAGCCGAAUCGUGCCACCCGGUGUCCCCCUUCCCUCGUUUACCCGAGAGUUUCCAUUUUCCGUCGCAAGAACAGCAGCACAAAACAGCAUCAUCUAUCGUUGCAAGCAAUGAAAGGCGCUCCCAACCGUUCCUCAUUUUAUGUGCCAACGUUAAAGGAAACGUCCCACUGCAAUCAGUCCCGUGUUCGUUUUCUCCAACUGUUCUGCAGGCAAGAAAAAAAAAGUGAAAGUUUCUCGUUUGUGUUUAUAACGUCUCGGACUGCAUUUUCGUCUUUCGUCGAUUUAGCGAGCCGUCUUGUUUGUAAAUAAGAAACCAUUCCUUUCGUUUGCAUAAACAAGCAAUUGCAGCGUAAAGAUCAAAGAGCGUCUCGAUGUACCUGUGCUCCCCGAGGAAGAUCAAAAUAUGCAACAAAAGACGUUGGCAUCAUUUCUUCCCUGGCCCAGCCCUCUCCUAUUUGCCGGAGAUCCAAAUUCUGGGGAGGUUUCGCAAAAGAGAAGCUUGCGCAUAUUUUAUUAUUGAUGUGGUAGUGUUAGCUUUUAUAAUUUGAGACAUGUUUUUGGCCCCUCUGACCAUUUCAACCCUGUAAAUAAAGUUGUGUUCCACAUUGAGACAA